UGCAAACAACCCCUUACAACACAUUAUCUUACAUAUGGGCUAGUAUCAGCGAUAGGGCAAACGCGCAGUCGCCGACCCACCGCUUGCAGAACCCUUAUUGGACCGCGCGGCCUCGCCGACCAAACGGCCAGGGACCUCGGCGCGCACAUCGCCGGGCCGCUUUCUACAUUACUGACCGUUAUAAACUCCUUGCGCCUGACGGCAGUCGAGCGCGCGUGAGCAAAAGCCCAACGGCCCCAUGCGCAGCCUGUCAACGGACCCGGCCGCGCGCGGGUGCAAGCACGCGACGACCAGCAAUGAGCCCCGGCCUUGCAACCUCGCCUGGAGCAGCAUCCGCUCCACUGCAGCUGCACCCCAGCCCGGCGCGAUGCAGCUGCGGCUAGCAGCACGCGGCAACACCGCCUCCGCCUCCGCCUCCGCCUCCGCCUCCGCCUCCGCCACCGCUAGCGCCUCCACCACCUCACGGCGCGCCACGCCACGCCACCCCCCAAAACCGCACGCCCCUAGUAGCGACGUGUGGGGCUCCCCCGCCCCCGCCAUCAGCCCCGCCCAACUGGCCGAAGAGCUCAGCCGUUACGCCGCCGCCUGCGCCGCCGCCGGCAUCGGCAGUAGCACCCCCGCCGGCAGUAGCAGUAGCAGCAGCAGCAGUCGCGGCCGCGGCAGUAGCAGCUCCGUGGACGGCGACUCCUUUGUGGCAGCCUGCCUGGAGGGGCUGGCGGCGCCGCACCGGCUGUCGCGGCUGCGGCCGUCGCAGCUGGCGGCGGUGCUCCAGGCGCUGGCGGCGCUGGGCGGCGGCGGCGGCGGCGGCGGCGGCCUGGAGGAGUUCCUCGCUGACGUGGACGCGGCGUGCUACUGCCACCCGGGCCCCUUCUCGCCCGCAUCAGUCACGUCCGUGAUGCAGUCCCUGGCGCGACUGCACGCUAGCAGCACCAGCAGCAGCAGCAGCAGCACCAGCACCAGCAGCACCAGCACCAGCACCAGCAGUAGCGCUUCAGGGGGGGUCCCCAUGGCGGCAGUAGCAGCGGAGGCGGCCGCCGGGGCGGCGGCGGCCAGUAGCAACACUAGUAGCAGCAGCAGCAGCCCUAGCGCCACUGGCAGUAGCAGGGGCCGGGCGCCGCCGCCCCGCACGCCGUCCUGCUACGGCCACCGGCAGGCGGCGCCACGCCGUGCGCCCGCGCACCCGCCACCCCGCUCCUCGCCCUCUCGCCCCUCGCGCCCCUCGCCUUCGGCCGCUGGCUCCUUCCCGCCCUCCCCGGCUUCCCGCUCGCGCUCGCCCUCGCCGGACCAGCGUCCGGCGCGCGCGCCCACUCCAGCUGCUGCUACAGCCGCCGCCCCCGCGGCCGAGCCGGCGCCGUACCGCUUCCCGCACGCCGUACGGCUGCGGCUGCUACAGCCCGGCGGCGCGGCGCGCUACAGCUACAGCCAGCUGGCGGCGCUGCUGCAGGCGUUUCGCUGCCUGGGGCACCCGGUGGACGAGGCCGUAGCAGGGGUGGUGGGCGGCGCGAUGGCGGAGCAGCUACUGCGCAUGGGGCCAGCGGAGCGGGCGGCGGCGCUGGAGGCGGUGCUGGGGGCGGCGCCGCCGUGCGGGUGCUUGGAGGAGGAGGAGGCGUGCGGCGUGCCGUAGCUGUGUGUGUGCGGUUGCGGUUGCGGUUGUGGUUACGGUUGCGGGUGCAGGAGCGGCGCAAAGGCUGGGUGGCGUUGGUUUGGAACCGCUCGGCGGAGAGAGCAACAGGACAAGUGUUGUGAGAGAAGAGCGUUUGACGGAUGCAAGACACGUGGGCAACAAUUUUUGCCCAGUGACAUCUGCAAUUUACAGCAUUCAGGGCUGCGCCCAAACGGGUAGGUUGCACAGCGUCAGGAAGGCAGCUCGCGGAGUGAACUGGGCAGCGUUUUGCAGUGGGUCAAUCGGAGAUUUAGAGAGGAGUUGGAUGGGGAAGAGGGCGUGAUUUUGCAUGUGCCCGUUCAUCAUGAUACUCGCAAAAGCUUCGACGAAGAGGCACCCGCACGCGUUGUGGGCACCAGGAGACUGUUUGGAAACACUGGUACAGUGGAAUUCCAACUUCGCAUAUGCAUGAUGAUUGAUGAGGGGACAGUGUGCGAGGCGAGCAAGUGAGACAAUAAGCGGCCGCGGCUGCGGGCUGCUGGCACGUGUGGCCGUCGCCGCCGCCGGCUCAGGCCCCGCGCACAAAUUUUGGCGGGCACACGUUUUGAAGUGUGUGCUUCUCUGCUUGGCUGUUUUCCGUGUUUGGAUCAAAGUGAGACAGGUGGUAAUGUUUGACUGGUCAUGCACUGGUGUACCAUAUCAAGGUUUACAAGCCGGGUUACUACCUGGCUGUUCAAUAGCCGGCCUUUGAUGUUCAGCACUUCCCAUCCAUCCACAUGCUCCAGAGAGAGAGGGCGCAACCGCGUAAGUGCAGGCGGAACAUUGUGAGCUGUGACUCAUGCAUCCCGCGUAGUGGGGCAUGCAGUGAUGCAGGAAGUGAGGCAGCGACAGAGGAGGGGGUGAUCAGGCUGGGUAGCUAGCGAGGGGGGCAGUGCGUGGCAGGCGAGCGAGUGGGGAGGAGAAGCCAAGGAGGCCUGUUAGGGUGUCAAACCAGCGGCGGAGGAGCUGAAGGUAUGGAUCGCCGGUAGCGGAGGCAGUACCGUGUUGAGGGCCGGCAAGGCGCUUUGUGCGGCAGGGUGGCAGCAGGCAGGUGGCAGGGGUGCGGGAGCACCGGGAUGGUAGGGCUGCAGCAACGCCGCCAUGCGCACACGCACACCGAGCGACCCCCACCUGCAGAGCCGGGGCUGUAAAUCAGUUGUCCC